CACUGAACGCAACAGGUUGAAAAAAUGGCUGUUGUUCUUAUUUUGAUUUUCUUGGUGCUAGCCUCAGCGGCGUAUGUGGCGUACUUUAUCCUCAAGAAAGGCAUCAAUCCAAGGGACAUUCGCAUACACAGUCUACAGGAUGCCAAAAAAUUACUUCAGCUACCACCAAGUGGGGCCGGGCCCUACAGAUACUUGGAAAAAAGGGCUUGAAGGGGCUGCGCUUGUUUUCAUUGGAACUCACUU